UCAUUUCUUUUUUCUAACUCUAGAUAAAUUUAUGAUGAUUUCCCUUAGUGAUUAAUUAGUUAAUCUACCAAAAAAUCUUCAACUAAAAACUUAAACUACCAAUCCACCCGUCCUAAACUCUUACGUGUUUCCUCCGCCUCCCCACUGCUUCCAAGAUCCGCCCAGUCCCGCCGUGAUUCCGCCGCCUCUUCUCCAUUCGCAGUUCGUUCUCCUCCACCUCUGCACUAGCGCAACUGCAUCGUUUGUUGGGGGGUAAUGUUCCAAUGCAAACAAAUUUCAUCACUCUCUCAUUUCUCCACACACUUCAAAUCAUCAACCCCGCCACUUUCUACAAUCUUCCGCACGCUCUGGCAAUCCGCAACAGAGGAUAACGACAACAAAUGGAACAUCUCACAUUACAUCAUAGACGACACAAACCUCCUUCGUCCAAGUUUCACCUCAACCGGUCUUCAUGUUCUAGACCUCAUCGACAAUGGUUCACUCGAACCGGACCGAACCAUUUACAACAAGCUGUUAAAGAGAUGCACAAUGUUAGGGAAACUCAAACAAGGAAAAUUAGUUCAUGCCCAUAUCCUUAAUUCCGAGCUUAAGAAUGAUUUAGUUAUUCAAAAUUCGGUUUUGUUUAUGUAUGCAAAAUGUGGAAGUUUAGAAAUUGCCCGCCAAGUGUUUGAUGAAAUGAGUUUGAAAGAUGUGGUGAGUUGGACUUCGAUGAUCACUGGGUAUUCGCAGAAUGAGCAUGCUACUAGUGCGCUUGUUUUGUUUCCUGAGAUGAUACGUGAUGGAUCGAAACCGAAUGAGUUUACGUUGUCGAGUUUGGUGAAGAGUUGUGGGUUUAUACAGAGUUAUAUUGAUGGGAAGCAAAUUCAUGGGUGUUGUUGGAAGUAUGGGUUUCAAUCGAAUGUGUUUGUGGGGAGUUCGCUUGUGGAUAUGUAUGCCAGGUGUGGGUACUUAAGGGAAGCACAAUUGGUUUUUGACGAGCUUGAGAGUAAGAAUGAAGUUUCUUGGAAUGCUUUGAUAUCUGGCUAUGCAAGGAAAGGUGAAGGAGAGGAGGCUUUGGCUUUAUUUGUGAAGAUGCAAAGGGAGAAUUAUGGAGCAACAGAUUUUACUUAUUCGGCUCUUUUGUGUUCUUCUUCGAGUACAGGGUCUUUGGAGCAAGGGAAAUGGCUUCAUGCACAUAUGAUGAAGUCAGGAAAGAAGUUAGUUGGUUAUGUGGGGAACACGCUUCUUCACAUGUACGCAAAGUCGGGAAACAUUUGGGAUGCGAAGAAGGUUUUUGAUCGGUUGUUCAAGGUUGACGUUGUUUCUUGCAAUUCCAUGCUCAUAGGGUAUGCUCAGCAUGGGUUAGGAAAGGAAGCUGUGGAUCUUUUUGAAAAGAUGAUGUUGUGGGUUGAGAUUGAACCCAAUGAUAUAACAUUCCUUUCUGUUCUGACUGCUUGUAGCCAUGCUGGACUUUUAGAUGAGGGUAAAUAUUAUUUUGAGUUGAUGAAGAAGUAUGGCAUUGAACCAAAAGUCUCACACUACACGACGUUUGUCGAUCUUCUUGGUCGAGCCGGUCUUCUUGAUCAAGCUAAGAGUUUCAUUGAAGAAAUGCCAAUCGAACCAACUGCAACUAUCUGGGGAGCUUUGCUUGGUGCAUCUAAAAUGCAUAAAAAUAUGGAAAUGGGUGCUUACGCCGCUCAAAAGGUUUUAGAGCUUGACCCUUUUUAUUCUGGAACACAUACAUUGCUUUCCAAUAUUUAUGCCUCUGCUGGUAGGUGGAAGGAUGUUGCAAAUGUGAGAAAGAUGAUGAAGGAUAGUGGGUUGAAGAAGGAACCAGCUUGUAGUUGGGUUGAGAUUGAGAAUUCCGUCCAUGUCUUUGUUGCAAAUGACAUUUCUCUUCCAGAUAAAGACAAGGUUUAUGAAAUGUGGGAAAAGCUAAAUCAGAAAAUUAAAGGGAUUGGUUAUGUUCCUGAUACAAGUCAUGUACAUCUCUUUGUAGAUCAACAAGAGAAAGAAUUGAAUUUGCAGUAUCAUAGUGAGAAGUUGGCUCUUGCUUUUGCCCUUUUGAAUACUUCACCAGGAUCCACUAUACGUAUAAUGAAGAAUAUCAGGGUUUGUGGUGAUUGCCACUCAGCAAUAAAAUAUGUGUCGUUGGUUGUGAAGAGGGAAAUCAUUGUUAGAGACACUAAUCGGUUCCAUCAUUUUCGUGAUGGCUUGUGCUCUUGUAGGGACUACUGGUAGUGCCAAUUAUUAUCAAGUAUCAACUAAUUGAUUGAUUUUGCAGAAUUCUCUUCUUAUUAUGUGAUCACUGCAUGAAGGUAAAUUAAAUUUACCUUGAAGAUUUAUGUAAAUAUAAGGAGAAAUGUUUUUCUGACACAGAUCUGGACCCCGGCUGACACCAUAAGAUUUAUGUAAAUUUACCUAUUCUUUAGGUGUUUGUUGCCAUAUGCUGAAAUAUUGUAGAUUGCAGAUGUUAUUUAUAAGUCUCUUCAUUAUUUAUUUGGUUUGCAUUAUUAUGGAUGAGUGGAAAAUAAGCAGAUUGAGAAAUAAUGGGAAAAACUAAUUUUUCACGUUUGGUUUACACCUGAAAUUGAGUGGAAAAAAAUAGUAUUGGAUCGUUGAGUGCAGAAAUCCCAUCUCUUCAGUUGAUGGCGGUUAGGGGUGAGGCUUGGUGGUUUUUCUGAAUGAUGAUGAGGGUGAAGAAAAGGGUGCAGCGGUUGAUGAAGGGUGAUUAUGGCAUUAGAAGGAGGUUAAGGGAUUGGCUUCCGUUGGAGGAGAAGUGAUGGAGGAUGGUUUUGAAGAGUUGUGAAUGAUGGUCCAGAUCCUGGAGAGGGAGCAGAAGAGGGUGAUGGAGUUGUUAGGAGCAGAAGAUGGUUGAAGUCUUUUUAUGCCGGAAAUUCUGUUUUGAGGAGGGUUUUAUCCUCUUAUGAAGGUGGUUCUCAUUUUUUUUAUGAAUUGAAGUUUGUUGAAGCUUUUUGUAGCAAUGGGAGUUGGGAAUGGAAGGUAUGAAGGUUGAGGUUCAACGGUGGUUGGUUGAAGCGGUUGUUGAUUCGGUUGAGAGUUCUGUUAAGAAUUCUGUUAUGGGAUUCGCUGCACAUCUGUUUUUGAAGGCGGUUGAAAAAGUUUGGUUACAUACUUCACGCUUUCUCAUGCUUCUGUUAUGAGGCUUUAUUUGAAGCUCCUUCAUUUUUUGUUAUGAUUUAUUAGGAUUUUCGGUUGUGAUUUUGUUAACCCCUCUCCCAUUCUGUUACAGGUUAGUUGUUCUUGCGUUGCGAUGCAGCUUUGCUUGAUAGCUGCGGUUUCGGCUCGAACCGGAUUGAGUUCGCCGAUACGCGACUGGCUUUGCAGCGUUUUGGUUGCGGCCGGUUUUCAUUGCAGUUUGCAUUUCCGGCUGGUGUGGGCUUUGUUUAGAGUGUGAGGUGGUUUUGUUCCUUGUUAUAUAAAUUUUGCAGGUGAAGUUAAUUGGUUUUUUCUGUGUAUUAUGCAGGAAGCAUGCUAGAGGUUUUGUGGUCAAUAGCUUGGAGUUGGAUUGGCCAUGAAGGGAUGAAUUUGAGCUAGGGACUUGUUGCAAGCUGGACCAUUGGCUGUUUGGAAUUGGAUUGUGGAUUAUUCUAAUUUUUGAUUGAAAACCUUGUAUGUGGUUGUAAUGGAAUGCAAUUGCAUAUGCUGAAUAUAUAAGAUCUUGUUACAAUUUGCUAAGACCAUCAUGUGCCAUGUAUAUGGGUGCAAAUUCUGCUAAGUGAAACACAUUACUGCUAUGUAGCUAUCCAUAUUGCCUACUUUAUUGUUAUUUUUCCUUCUCUUUUAUUUUUGUACUCAAAUGGAUGGAUUAAUUGGUUUAUGGGCUUGAAUGAAAUAGGAAAGUUGAAUGACUAAUGGGCUUAAAUGAUAUUGAUUUUUUUUAUGUGGUUUGUAAAUUGGGUUUGAAUGUAAACAUGUGGUUUAUGAUUGUAAUUGACAUGUUAUGUAUUAGAAUAAACUUGUAUGAAAGUGUGAAUAUUAAUGGUUGAA